AUCGAAAAUUGAAAACAAAAACAAAUUGAGAAAAUUUUGUUCUUUGUUCCCAAUUUUAUUUCUUUCCUUGUUAAUUAUAGUAAUUAAUUAUUAGUUAAUUACGAUUUAAAAAUGUUCUUAUUUGUAUUUCAAGUGGACAAUGGGAUGACUUUUACUUUGGAUCUUAAUCUUUCCACUGAAACGAUUCAGGUAUUAAAACAAAAUAUUUACGUUCGAACUGGUAUUCCAAUUGAUAAACAAGCUUUACUUCUUAGUGGAGGUGAAACACUUUUCGAUGAUGCUAAGGUUUCAUCAUAUCGCUCUGCUGGUACAGAGACUAAUCCUAUCUUCCUGUUCAAUAAAGAAGUUGUUGAUCAGGAUAAUCCCCCAUUCCCUGUUAUUGAUAAUGUUAUUGACGCUGAUAUGAAGACCAGAAUUCAAUCUUGCUUUAACAUGGAACCUUCAUUUAAUACGGUUAUGACUCGAUCAGAAUUAGCUCAGCAAUUGUAUGCAGUUGCUCAAUCUAAUAUUGAAUGUUGUCAAAAAUUGAUUCAAGAUCAACAUUUUCAACACCAAGGCUGGAAUGCUGUUCUAGCCAAUAUCGAAGAUCUGUCCAAAGUUGUAGCUAAUAAACUGGAAGCUUUAAAAAUACAAUAUGAAAAGUUCAAAUCUCGUGGACCAAUUUACAAUCAAUCUAUCGAUCGAUUACAAACUGAUUUAGAGGUUUUGCACAAAAUGCCAUUAUUACCCUCGUUAGUUGAACCUUCUCUGAAAAAUAGAGAAAACAAAGAAGAUUUAUCUUUGGCUGAUUGGAUUGGCUUCCGAUGGAAUAGCCUGAGAGAUGUUGGUGCUAUGGUUAACAGUGUUCUCGAAUUUCAACAUAAAUCUCAUGAAGAGUUCAUGGCCAGUAUUGAGCGAGAUAAAAAAACUGUUCUGGAAACAAUUAACUCUAAGGAAAUCAAAGAGAUCAACGGACUACAGAAUCGAUUACAAAUGCUUAAUAGUUCCUGUACAAGGGCAGCUAAAUUGGCCAGUGAAUUGAAUGAAUUUGCUCAGGCUUUUCAUUCUAAUCAAAUAAGAGUAACCAACAUGCGAGAUAAUUCAAUUCUUCCAGACUUAUGUGCAACUCAUGAGCAACAACUUCGAGUAGUUGGUGAUAAAUAUAGUGAACUCAGUGAUAUUCGGGAUCGAUGUGCUGCUGCUAAACGAGAGUUUUGUGGUGUUAUUCAUCGAAGGCUUCAAUGGGCCUCUCAUAUUUCUAAACUUAUCAGUAGUUUAUCUCACAAACAAACAUUAUGGAUCAGCUCUUUCCAUCGAAUGGAAAAGUUUAUCAAUGUUUUUGAUCAGAUUAAUCGGGCUCCAACGAUUUACUUAUCUUUUAUCGGGGAAAUUUAUCGCCGUCGACAUACCUCACAAAAAUUUUUAACUUGGGCCUGUGCUGUUGCCAAUCAAUCUCGAGAUUUUUAUGACAAAGAAAUUGAGCUUAGAAGAGACUUUGAAGGAAAAACAUCUCAACAUUUUCUCAAAGCUCUGUUUUGGGGUAUGGGUGAUGAGCCACCACAGUUUGCUAACCAAGCACCCGAGCCAUUUGACGAUAAGCUACCUGAGAUAACCGAAUGUGAUAUUAUUAAACUCAUCAAUCUAUUUCCUCAGUAUCGAUCACUGUUGGAAACACCUGAAGAUGUGCCUUUUCAAACCGAUAGACUUAACUUUUCACCUAAACGACGGAUAGUCACCAUUGAAGAUGAACCAAAGGAAGAAUCAUGUCAAGAUCAACUAGAAGAGCCUAUCGAUGAACCAAUAGACGAGCCAACAGAGGCAAAUAAAGAUGAAAACGUCGAGGCCCCAAUAGAUGAACCAAUCGAAGCUCCAAUAAGCGAGCCCAUCGAAGCUCCAGUAGACGAACCAAUAGAUACUCCUAUUGAUGAAACAAUAGAGACUCCAAUAGAUGAACCAGUUAAAGAAUCAUGUCAAAUACCAUCUCAAGAACAACAACCUCACUCACCUCGAGAAAUGUAUCAAACACCAAACCAAACUCCACCUCAAACACCGGUGCAAGAACCAUCUCAAGAACCCAUUCAAGCACCUAAAGAAGAACCUUGUCAAGAAGCAACAGAAGAAACAAAUCCACUACCUCCGCCGAUAACCUCAACUCCAGACCAAGAAAAGAUUUCAUACUUUUCAUGCGAUAUCGGCGAUUUGGUCCUACUGACUUUUAAUCCUGUUCAUAAUUGUUACAUUGCUUUCGUCAAUUCAAAUUUUCCACAUUUUCUUCACCAAGAUUGCCUUGAACCAUUAGGUUUCCUUACAGGCAAUGGAAAAGAGGUUCCUGCUUAUGGAUUUGGUAUCAUAACCGAGAAAGCAUUUUGUCAAGCUUCCAAGCCUUCAAAUCGAUAUAAUGUUCCCAUAAACACUCGAUUCUAUCGAUUCAAAGCUAAACCAUGGCCUAAGAUUGCUACCGUUCGACGACCUCCAAUCCCAAUGAUUCCUGUUGUAUUCCAACGGGAAAAAGCUUCAGCAAUGACAUUGUCAAUGGAUCCAAAUUCUCGAUCAGUUCUACCCUGCGAACUGCACUUCUCAAGCCACGCAGAAAUGCAACAAAGUCAACUCUCACCAAGUUGCAUCACCAUAAGUUCAACUCAGCCCAAUACCCCUGUCACCGCUAUUUCCUCUGAAGAAAUGAUGAAAUCAGUCAAAGAUGAACCAAAGGAGGGCAAUUAAUCAAUCAUAUCUAAAGGGUAUCACAAUUUAUCUAACAAAACUAUUUAGAUAGAUUAGAAAACAAAAGUUUAAUUGAUGUUUUCAGUUUAUUUCUUUCUUUCUUAGAUUAUCCCUAAAUGUUUUCACUAAUCUUUCCAAGUGAAAUGCUGAUGAUUAUCCUUUGCACUAGUAUUGAAAGUGUUAAAUGUUUUAAACUUUUCCCUCUCCCCUUUUUCUCUCUCUCUCUCUGCAAUGAGAUUAAGUAACACAAACAAAUCAACAGAAUCAAAAUCAACAUAUAAAUAUAUAUUUUGUAAUAAUUUAUCACUUAUCUUUUGUUCAUGGUGUUGACUCUUUACACAAGCCUUUUUUAGUUAGUAUUAGUUGAUUAGACUAAGUGAUCAGCUGUAAUUAAUAUCUCAAGACAAAAGUUCAUCGCUUUGAACCAUGAAAUGAACCCGAUUCAUAUUCAAAAAUUGUACAAAAAUCCACAAAACUAGCACCAUGAACAAAAUCAAGUGAUUUAUCAUUCAUCAUCUCCUCUCUCUCCUCUCUCUCCCUCUUACUUACCUCUGUAAUCAUUAUCUUCCUCUGAUAAUCUCACAAUUCCCAUUCAAUACUAAACAAUUAGUUAACGCAAUCAUUUAGAUUACCCUUCAUUUCAAAAUCUAAACUUAAACAAAAUUGUUCAUUUCAAUAUGUAUCAUUAAUUGUGAAAACAAAACCAUUUUUUUGUAUUAUGAUUAAAUUCAAAUGAUUGAUAUUAAAUGAAAUCAUUUGCUGAUUAACAAGAA